GGACAACAUGCACGCACACCAGGCGUGUGUCAUCUACAUCAUCAACAUGACGAUGCCCACCGACCCUCUGGACAGCACCAUGACCACUUUUCCUGGUUCCAUGGAGAAGGACGGACUUCUUGAGCUAUACAACGAGACAGCGUCUGUGGAUUUCUUGGAGACCUGUCCCGACUGUCUGUCCAUGGUCUUCAAGGACAGUGAGGGACGAUUCCUGCUCAACUACAGGAGAGAGGGGCAUCACCAGGAUGUUGAGAAGUUGAAAGCAGACCACAGCGAUCACCACAAACUGGCCUCCUGUCUGGGAUUCCCCCCCAACGUCCAGCCGUUCAACUACGACGGAGCUGCAGAUUUCUGUCAUAAGAAAUCGUCCCUGCCGGGCUGCCAGGAUCAUAACGUAAAGCUGCAAACAAAAGACAUACACAAGAUUUUUGGGGACUGGGUCCUGGUCUGGUCCGUCGCUGACCACAAAAAAGGCAACGAGCUGCUUCCAAAAGUCACCAGCUCCCACGUCGAGUUCAGACUCCACGACGACAAGAAGACGGUCACGUUCACAGAGAGGAACUCGUACACCCACCAGGCGUGUGUCACCUACAUCAUCAACAUGACGAUGCCCACCGACCCUCUGGACAGCACCAUGACCACUUUUCCUGGUUCCAUGGAGAAGGACGGACUUCUUGAGCUGUACAACGAGACAGCGUCUGUUGAUUUCUUGGAGACCUGUCCCGACUGUCUGUCCAUUGUCUUCAAGGACAGCGAGGGACGAUUCCUGCUCAACUACAGGAGAGAGGGGCAUCACCAGGAUGUUGAGAAGUUGAAAGCAGACCACAGCGAUCACCACAAACUGGGUUCCUGUCUGGGAUUCCCCCCCAACGAUCAGCCAUUCAACUACAAUGGAACUGCAGGUCUUGUCUUGUAUUGA